GUCUCGAAGAUAUGAUUCCAGAACUACGAUCUUCUCUCCAGAGGGCCGCCUGUAUCAGGUGGAAUACGCCAUGGAAGCCAUUGGACACGCAGGCACCUGCCUGGGAAUUCUGGCAAAUGACGGAGUUUUUGCUUGCGGCCGAAAGAAGAAACAUCCACAAACUCCUGGACGAGGUUUUUUCUUCUCCGAAAAAAUCUACAAAUUAAACGAUGACAUGGCAUGUAGUGUGGCUGGAAUUACAUCGGAUGCCAACGUGUUGACUAAUGAACUGCGGGUAAUCGCUCAACGGUAUCUCCUUCAGUACCAGGAGCCCAUCCCCUGUGAACAGCUGGUGACAGCCCUGUGUGACAUCAAACAAGCGUACACACAGUUCGGAGGGAAGCGGCCAUUUGGUGUCUCGUUGCUGUACAUAGGAUGGGACAAGCACUACGGGUUCCAGCUAUAUCAGAGCGACCCCAGCGGCAAUUACGGGGGCUGGAAAGCUACAUGUAUCGGGAACAACAGUGCGGCUGCUGUGUCCAUGUUGAAGCAGGACUACAAGGAGGGUGGCAUGACCCUGAAGUCUGCUCUGGCUUUAGCCGUUAAAGUCCUUAACAAGACCAUGGAUGUCAGCAAGCUGUCCGCCGAGAAAGUGGAAAUUGCCACAUUAACGCGGGAGAAUGGAAAGACCAAAAUCCGAGUCCUCAAACAGAAAGAAGUGGAGGAAUUAAUAAAACUUCACGAAGAGGAAGAAGCCAAGAUCGAGCGAGAGAAGAAAGAAAAAGAGCAGAAAGAAAAAGAUAAAUAA